UUCUUAUUCUUGGACGGCAAUGACCAAAACUGGAGCAAGGAAAUCCGGGCAAGCCACGGAAGAGGGCGGCUAAAGUACCAAGAAAGUAUUGAAACGCGUGCAGACGGCGGCCUCCAAAUAAGAGAAGAGUGAAAGCAAAAGGUCAAAGGAUACCCUCACUUUCAAAUUUCAAUCUUCCUUUUCCUUCUUCUUCCUUCCUUUAUCGUUCCUCAGAUUCUCGGAGAAGAGAGAGGCCGAGAAAGUGACGGCAGGCGCGAAAGUUGCGUCUUUCUGAUCUUUGAAAUAUCUCGAUUAGGCGCCGACGACAUGAACGACAAGGCCAGUGUUUCCAAAGAGCUCAAUGCCAGGCACAGAAAGAUUUUGGAGGGGCUUCUUAAAUUACCAGAGAACAGGGAAUGUGCUGACUGCAAAAGCAAAGCUCCACGAUGGGCUAGUGUGAAUCUAGGAAUUUUUAUAUGCAUGCAAUGUUCAGGGAUCCACAGAAGUCUUGGAGUACACAUAUCAAAGGUGAGAUCUGCCACACUGGACACAUGGCUUCCAGAUCAGGUUGCAUUUAUUCAGUCAAUGGGAAAUGAGAAAUCAAAUAGCUACUGGGAAGCAGAGCUGCCUCCUAAUUAUGAUAGAGUUGGAAUUGAGAAUUUUAUUCGUGCAAAGUAUGAAGAGAAAAGAUGGGUUCCUAGGGAUGGAAAAGCAAUAUCACACUCAAGGGAGAGUCAACAGAAGGCUUCUGCUUAUAGACCUAGACCUGGGGGUAGUGGUGCACAUAGAUAUACCAACAAUGUUGAACAUUCCUCUGACAAAAAAAAUAUUCAUCCACCCAAUACAAAUAGCAGUAUUCCUGCUUCAAAAAGUAGAAUUCCUGCAGCUUCUAAAGUGUCAAAGCAGACCACCCCUGAUCCACAACCACAGAAGAAUGUACAGAAAUCAGAGUCAUCAAUUUCAAAAGCUGAACCUGUAAAGCAGGCUGCUACUGCUACACCAAUUGUGUCACCACCCAGAGUUGAUUACGCCACUGAUCUUUUCAGAAUGCUCUCUGUGAAGGAUUCUAGAGAAAAUGAUUCUGGGAUAUCUGCUGCUAAUGGUGUGUCAGCAGGGUUUCAAUCUGCUGAAGCUUCAUCAACAGUGGAGAAAAGUACUCCAUCAAAUCCAGUUGAAAGCAAUAUUCAGUCUAAAACUGGAAUUGAGGAUCUCUUUAAAGAUUUGACAUUGGUCACACCACCCAUUUUAGAGAAACCCCAGAAAGAUAUGAAAAAUGACAUUAUGAACCUCUUUGAAAAGUCCAGCAUGGUGUCUCCAUUUUCUAUCCAUCAACAACAAGUUGCAAUGCUAGCCCAACAACAGUCCUUUCUCAUGGCUGCUGCAGCAAGGUCUAAUGGGUCCCACACUUUUUCUGGCAGUAUACAUCAACCUGGAACCAAUGGUGUUCACUUAUCUACUCAGAACUGGGGAAAUAUUGGUCAUCAAAGGCCUGGAGUGUUGACACCAGUCACUGAGCCACAGAAACAUAUGCAGAUGGGAAACAUCCGACCAACACAUUGGUCGGGAACUAAUGUUCCUUUACCAACACAUUCGUUGGGAACUAAUGGUCCUUUACCAGCACAUUCGUCGGGAACUAAUGUUCCUUGUCCAACGUCAAGCAUGUAUAAUAUGAGCCCAGUUCAUCCGAUCAACGGUGUUACAAUGACAGGAGCUGGCAGGCCGCCUUCGGCAUUGCCAAAUUCAUCUGUCAGUCUUCCUAAAUCAGGAAAUGAUUACGAUUUCUCAUUGCUAACACAAGGGAUGUUUACAAAACGGUGACCAAUUCUCCAAGCUAUGGGUGAAACAGAUGUUGGCUUUGCUACAUGUAGUGGAAAAUAUUUGAGUUACAGAAGAUAUAGCAUUUGGUUGGGCUUGCUUUUUCAGUUUCAUUGAGCCGGGGCAGAAUCUGCUCUUAAUACAGGGACAGUGGCUUCAUUUGUAUUACUAGGUGUCUAGCAGCAAUAAAAUUCUUUAAAAUUGCUUAAUUGAUUUUUUUUUUUCUUCUGGUAUUCUUUAAGGGGAUGGAAGUUGGCUAUUUCCGUUGCUCCAAUCCAAGGCUUGGCCAACUGAAUUGAGGUUAAUUUCAUUUGAAUAUUUUAGCAAUAAAUUGAAAAGGAAAUUGUUUGAUGUGGGAAA